GCCAAUAAAAAUGGUAUACAGUGAUGUUUAUAGUUGUUAUACAAGGAUGUGUUGUUUGUGUUAGAGUGUACUGUCUUGAUCGUGGAAAAUUUAGUAUUUGGAUAUGUUGUAUUCGGUGAGUGUUUCAACAUGGUUCAAUUUCAUUUAUUUCAUCGGUUUGACGUAAUAGAAAAUAAUGGGCUUUGAUCAUUCAUCAAAUCUUUAGGAUAAAAAAGGAUGGGGUGUAUCAAUAGUCGUGCAGAUAUCAAUGAUCUACAUCCAAAUAUUUUUCAAGUGAUAAAUGUUGAUGAUUUAGGUAAUUUAGUUACUCCAGGACGUUUAGAAAUUACAGAUACAGAUAUAAUUUUAUAUCAACGUGGCAAACAGCCUAUAAAAUGGCCAUUACGAUGUUUAAGACGAUACGGUCAUGAUGCAGAAAUCUUUAGCUUUGAGUCUGGUAGAAGAUGUUCUACCGGGCCUGGUAUUUAUGCCUUUAAAUGCCAUCGAGCAGCGUAUUUAUUUAAUCUUGUUCAAACAAAUAUCCAAGUAUGUAAUAAUAGUAUAGACGACACAAUAUCAAGAGAGCUUCCAGUCGCUGCUCAAACAGUUCCAUCUGUAACAAGAGUGACGAUACCAUUUGAACCUAAUUAUUUAGAUCCAAUGCCUACUAGAUUUAACAACCGCAUGGGUACUAGAUUUGUUCAUAAUGAACAAAAUGGAAUAGGAAGACUAAGUAGCGUUGGAAGUAGUAAUGGUCCUAUGUCACCUCAAGGAACUAUAAGCACUCCAUCCCCUCCUCCUAUUUUACCACCACCACAACCACCACCACCACCACCACCAUCUACAAUUUCUCACUCACAUUCAUCCUCACUUUAUAUCAACGAAGAAAUAUUAUUAUCUAUUCCAUUAGAAAUGGAACACAAUAAUAAUAAAAGUCUUAGGAGAAUGGCACAAAGCAGUGGCACAAGUGGAUGGGAAAUGACAUCCAUAACUAAAAAUCAAGAAAUGUCAUGUAACAAUAGGCCAUUGUUAUCUUCAACAGUAUCCUACAUGAAUGUGGGUAUUAAUAAUGAAGUUAGUCCACUUUCACCAAAUCAUAAUACUUUGGAUGCAACUACAUGUAUAGAAGAAAUUAAUGAAACAAAUGUUUCUGAACAUGCAUACAUGAAUAUAAGUCCUGGUAAUGAUCAAGCUGAUUCCGUUGCUGUUAGGAUACAUCCACUACCAUUGCCAGUUUUACAAUCUAAUUCAGAAGACGGAUCAAGGCACUGUUAUGCUAAUUUAGAAUCAGCUGAAAUUGAAAGUUUAAAAAAAAGAUUUUCAGGAAUUUCUAUAUCUGAUAAAUCACCUUUACCUCCAUCGACACCUACAGGUAUUGCAAUUAGGGAAGUUAAUUAUGCUGUUUUGGAUUUGGAUAAGAAAGAUGAAUCAAUGAAUCCAUCAUUGGAUGGUGCAGUACAUUUGACACCAUCUCCCCCAGAGUCACCCAAUAAGAUACAGAAAGGAUAUGCUACAAUAGAUUUUAAUAAAACAGCUGCUCUCUGUCAUUCUGUUAAUCCUAAUCUUGUAAAUGAUAAUGAAGGUUCGCGAAAGACACGUCAUAAUUCCACAAUAAAUGACUUGUCUGCUUCUUGCAGACUUAGUUCAUCUAUUAGUGAGUAAUACAUUUAUUAUUUUAUUAUACUCACAUCAGAUUAUUCAUACACUUAUAUUGUUAUUAUGCAUAUGUAUAAAAUCUUUAAUCUUUCAUAAAAUAAUAAUUUGUUAGUUUUUUUCUUACUUUUUACAAUGUUUU